AUGUCCGAGUCACCGAAGUCCGAGAAGUACAUGUGCUUGACUAGGUACAGCACCCCAGUCCCUGAACUGGAUGACCAUCGAUUCCAACUGGAUCCGCCACGCUUUGAAGCCACUCCUGAUGUGCCGCUGAGUCGGCAAAACACCGCCCCGCAGGGUCUCAAUCUAGAGACUCCCCAACGUCAAGAGUUGCUCAACAUUGAGGAUGCACUUCGGGAAGCCGGCUCUCUUUCGCGUGACUUCGAAACAGCUGUAGUCGACGACGACCGAUCAGACCAGGAUUUCAAUGCCAUGGGACGUCGCUUUUCCGUUGACCCCACUGGAAACAUCCGCCAUGGUCGUACCUAUAGCCGCACGCAUCAGGAGCUUGCAAACUUGUCGCGCGAGUCGUCUGUGUCUGCCAGAUCAACUUCUCCGCCUAAUUCAGUUGAGGCAUUCGCAGACCCGCGUCGCCGGGAACGUGCGAAUACUCUAGAAAGCCACGCUGCCCCAGAUCUAGAGGCUAUUCUCCAGCGCACAGUAUCUGGAGGUACGCAUCCUCGUCGCCCGACAUUCAGCAAUGCAAGUGUGAUCAGGCCGCAGCCGGGGGACAUAACAUUAGAGCCCACCGAUGAUGGCUGCCUGCCGACUUUCGAGCAACCCGGCAGGAUUCCAGUGAUUGACUACGAGGAGUUGGAGGAGUUUGUUGCUCUCAGUCAAAGGGCAAAGCCCACGGCAAACCGACGCAGACACAGCCUGAGCUCGCAAAGCACUAAGCCCCGGGUCUUUUAUGACCUUCGCCCGGGUGUUCAGAAUUCUGAAAAUGAUGGGGUAAAACGUUUGUCAAGCAUUGAUCGUUCUUCGGAUGAUAUCUUGGACGUGCCCUCGGAGAAGAACGGUAAAGAAUUCACCGAUGUUGUGAACGAGAAGGAACUGCUGGCGACCCUGAAGAACGAGAAUGAGCCUACCCGGUUUGGCUUCUUUUCGUCCGAGUCACAAAGCACUGUGCAUGCUGCAGAGUUGGGCGACCUAGUUUUACCGGGAGACACUUUCCGGGAUCUUUUCCAGCUGGGCCCGGAUGGGGGUGUCUGGUGGCUCGAUGUCCUGAAUCCUACCGAGGACGAGGUGGGCGCUCUAUCCAGAGCUUUCUCCAUCCACCCCUUGACAACGGAGGAUAUCUUGACUCAAGAAGCGCGCGAGAAAGUCGAGCUGUUUAAACAGUAUUACUUUGUCUGUUUCCGGACCUUCUACCAGAUGGACAAGACAAGUGAGGAAUUCAUGGAGCCCGUCAAUUUCUAUAUGGUUGUUUUCCGUGACGGGGUGUUAUCGUUCUCCUUCACUGAGAACCCCCACGCUGCUAAUGUGCGAAGGAGAAUUGGAAAGCUCCGUGAUUAUGUGUCGCUGAGUAGUGAUUGGAUAUGCUAUGCCAUGAUUGACGAUAUUGUGGAUAGUUUUGGGCCUGUCAUUCGGGAGAUUGAGGUUGAGUCCGAAGCCAUCGAGGACCUCGUUUUCAUCGCGCGUAUGGAUGAUUUCGAGUCCUUUUUGCCGCGCAUCGGUGGGCUGCGCAAGAAGGUCAUGAGCUUGAUGCGCCUCCUGGGAGGCAAGGCGGACGUCAUCCGAGGCUUUUCGAAGCGCUGCAACGAGCAGUACUCGGUGACGCCGCGCGGCGACAUUGGCCUUUACCUGGGCGACAUCCAGGAUCACGUUGUGACUAUGAUGUCCAACCUCGCCCAUUUUGAGAAGAUGCUCAGUCGCUCGCACACCAACUAUCUGGCACAACUGAACGUGACCAAUCUGAUGCUGGGGAAUCAUGUCAAUAAGGUUCUGAGCAAGGUGACGCUCAUUGCCACCAUGUUGGUCCCCAUGAACCUGAUCUGCGGUUUGUUUGGGAUGAACGUUAAUGUGCCUGGGCAGAAUGCUGAAGGGCUGGGCUGGUUUUUUGGUAUUCUCGGGGUCAUCGCAGCCAUUGUCAUUCUCAGUGGAGUGGUGGCUCGUUGUUACAAGCUUGUAUAG